GGCCGACGCGAAAGCAAAGGCCGCAGUACGGAAAUUGCUAGCAAGCACUAACGUGGUUAACUGCCGCUGGUCAUUUCUCGAUAGCGACUCUUCCUCGAGUUACUAACUAGCACAAGCACAACAACGGACAGACCAUGGCCGACUACGAAGGUUACUUGCUGCUACACGAUAUCGGACGACAGGCGGAUCCUCUCUACUUCGAGCUCAAAGGCGGAAUGCUGCAGUACUACGACAAGAAGGACGGUCGCUUCAUUGGCCAGUUCUUGCUCACUCGUCACCGCGUAUCGGUGCAGCCCAUUGACGGUGGACUAACACCCAACCGCUUCUGCGUCGAGCUGUGCCCCGUCCGCUCAGUGCAUGACACCGAACGUUCGAUCAAACACUUCCGACGCACGCGUAUAGUGCUGGGAGCGUCGACGCCCGAGACUCAGGAACAAUGGAUCCACGCACUGCGCACCUGGCGUCGUCGUAACUGGAAGGAUACGGCUGUGAUCGCUGCAUUCGACGACGAAGCCAAGGCGCUGCGCAUGAUGAUGCUCAUGUACCGUCUCGAGUUGAAGCUGUUGCGCUUCACGGACCUCACACUACGCAAGGUCAACAUGGACCCUCAAUCCAGCGAUCCGAUUUACGGCGAUGCUGCAUUCACGAAGCACCAAGAACACCCGACUACUCUAAUGUCAGGAGCAAUUCAGGUCACACGUUUCACCAAUACGUUCGGCUUCCAAGGAGUCUACGCUAACCAGUUCGCGCUCUAAUGAUGGGAUUUGUCCUACCGAUGAGGUAGAAACCACUUGCCGCGCCAGACCAGGUCGUCUUUGUGUAAAUUAUGUUGUGAACAUGGCACGGAGUGAGGAUAUGAAGUACUUGUAAGGAUGUGUGCUCGUGAGUAUCGUUAACAAGCGACAAAUGAGAGCCCCCAUCACAUCAUUUGGACUCG